AUGAUCAGAGACUACUGGGACCUUGCAGGCCCCUUUGGCCUCGCAGUCCGCGCAACGCUCCGAAUCCUCCAAUUCAUCCUCUCCAUCGUCAUCAUCGGCCUCUACGCCGCGACCCUCGCCUCUUGGGACCAGUCUCCAGAAAUCGGUCGCACGGAUUGGAUCUUCGCCCUCGUCCCGGCCGUUCUAUCGAUUCUGACCUGCGCGUAUCACGUUAUUGCGACAGUCACUCACGCAGUCUGGUGCGUCUGGGACUUUGUCCUCGCCGUCCUCUGGGCCGCACUCGCCGGCGUUUCGGCCUCGGACGUCAUAACAACAGGAGAAGGAAAAGAAGUCACCGGCGGAGCGAAAUCAAGAUUGACAGCGGGAUCAUGGAUCGCGGGCGUGCUUAUGGUGUUGUACCUCUUCAACGCUGCUCACGGCUGCGCCUGGUGCUGUGCGUCUAGGAAGUUCACCAGGACAGUGCCAGAAAGGAGCAAGACCAACUCGGAGGAGCUUCAGAGCAGAAACUCUCAGAACGUUUGA